AUGCCCAUCCUCGGACUUGCACCGUCGCUGUAUCCCACCGCUCCCGCUCACUUCGACAUCGAGAAAGUGAUCCGGCCAAACAUCUUGACUCUACACCCCUACCGCUGUGCCAGGGAUGACUACUCAGAAGGUAUCCUUCUUGAUGCAAAUGAAAAUUCUCUAGGUCACUCCAUUCCGGCGGCACCAGCGGACUCCGAGCUCGACCCGGAAUUGCGCUCCACCCUCUCGCUCGACCUGCACCGCUACCCAUCGCCGCGCAACGACCCCAUCAGAGAGCGCUUGGCUUCCCUGCGUGCCCUCCCUAGCACCGACUACGUGUUCCUUGGUGUCGGCUCUGACGAGGUCAUUGACUUGCUCAUGCGUGUGUGCGUCGCGCCUGGACGGGAAAAGAUUCUGAUCACGCCGCCGACGUAUGGGAUGUACAAAGUGUGCGCCCAGGUGAACGAUGUAGGCAUAGUCGAGUGCCCGCUUGAGCUUAGCGGCGCGCAUGGUGAGGGCGGUGAGGCCGGCAGAUUCUCGCUCAAGGUCGAGGAGAUGAAGGCUGCCAUUGGUGCCGACCCAUCAAUCAAGCUGGUCAUUCUGUGCUCCCCUGGAAAUCCUACUGGCACCCUGAUCUCGCUCUCUGCGAUUCGUACAUUGCUCGAGUAUGAGAAGUUCAAGGGCGUCGUCGUAGUAGACGAGGCGUACAUCGACUUCGCCCCAGAGGGUUCCAGCGCUGCCGCCCUCGUAAAGGAAUACGCGAAUCUCUGUGUUACGCAGACGCUCAGCAAGAGCUUCGGAUUGGCUGCUAUCCGAUUGGGCAUGGCUCUCGCUCACCCGUCGCUGAUCCAGAUCCUUAUGAACACGAAGGCGCCAUACAACAUCUCCGCACCCACUGCCUCUCUCGCGCUGUCCGCGCUCUCCCCGUCCGCAGUCGCGUCAAUGAGCCAGAAAGUGUCCGCGCUCUGCAAGCAACGUGACCUUCUCCUGCAGAAGCUGGCGAUGCUAGGGCCUCUCGGCCUCGGGGCCGCGAUCGGCGGCAACAACGCGAACUUCAUCGUGGUGCCCGUGCUCGAGAAGAACAGCAGCGGCAAGCCCGACAACGUACGCGCGCAGCGAGUGUACAAGACGCUCGCGGAGGAAGAGGGCGUCGUCGUGCGCUACCGCGGCAGCGAGCCCGGCUGCGUGGGCUGCCUGCGGAUCACGGUCGGGAACGUGCAGGAGAACGACAUUGUGCUGAAGAAAUUCGAGGAGAUACUGAAGAAGAUCUAG